AUGUCUAACUUAUCAAAGCUUGAAUUCACCGCACUUGACAUCUCGGGUAACAACUACCUCCCAUGGACUCUUGAUGCUAAAAUUCAUUUGACAGCAAAUAAUUUGGGGGAGACAAUUAUUGAUGGUAAUCAAACUUCACCUCAAGAUCAAGCGAAAGCUAUGAUAUUCCUCCGCGAUCAUCUUCACGAAGAUUUAAAGCGGGAAUAUCUAACUGUUGGGGACCCCCUUGAAUUAUGGACAAACAUCAAAGAACGUUUUGACCACCAGAAGUUGGUCUUACUCCCCAAAGCCCGCUAUGAAUGGCUUCAUUUACGACUACAGGAUUUUAAGACUGUCAGUGAAUAUAAUUCUGAGUUAAAAUUAUGUGGUGAAAAACUAACCGAUGAAGACAUGCUUGAAAAAAGUUUCUCAACGUUAUAUGCCACAAACAUGCUCCGGUCGCAACAAUACCGGGAACAGACACUGAUUGGUACUACAUCUAGUGUCAGUAACCUUAUCAAAGGCUCCGGUAGAGCACAAAUAACAUUAUCUUCGGGUACCCAAUUAAGUAUUGAUAACGCAUUAUAUUCUAGUAGAUCCAGAAGAAAUUUGCUCAGCUUUAAAGACAAUCGAAAAAACGGUUACCACCUAAAAACAAUAGCUGAAAAUAAAAUUGAAUAUCUUCAAAUUACUUCAAGCAAAAAUGGUCAAGAAACCAUUGUUGAACAAUUAGAAGCCUUAUCCUCUGGAUUAUAUUGUACUAAUAUCAAUCCUAUGGAAUCAUACAUGUUGAGUAACCAAAAGCUGUUAGAUAAAGACACAUUCAAUAUAUGGCAUGACCGUUUAGGUCACCUGGUAGCAUAA